GACAAAAACCUCAUUGUACUGCCCAAAGUUUCAGAGUUGCGAAAGCAUUUCGAAACUGAUAUCACCAGUGAUAAUACAAUGAAAAGAAAAGAGAGGAUUGCUCGAAGGCUGGAGGGUAUAGAGACAGAUGUGCCAUCUGCUCUGGCUACAAGCAUGCAAUACACACCCGGCCUGGUGACCAAUCGGCUGUUGGAGGAGGACACUCCACGGUAUACACGUGGUUCAGACUCUAAUGAGCCAGUGAGGCGCUACAAUCGUGAUGACCUGGACAACACAGAGAGGCAAUCAAGAGCACAAACCCAGCCCAGUCCACAAUUUCCUGUGCAUCCUGACCAGGCAUCCAACCUUGAAAACCCUGAUCCGUCCAGCCUCAGCUCUAAAGCUGAACGAAUAGCUCGCUACAAAGCAGAGCGCCGGCGGCAGUUAUCAGAACGUUACGGGAUCCUUCUUGACCAGGAUCCGGAUGUAGAUUAUAUUCCACGCCACAUAAGAACCCACAGGGAGUCGCUGGACAGACAAGCUUUGCCUGAGGCUAAUCAUGGACAGAAACAGGAACAGUGUAGAGAGGAGAAGGAAAAGGGCCAUGACAGUAGCACCAACCGGUCAAGGUAUAGCAGCUCAGGUGUUGGCCAGGUUUCUAUGUCCACCGAUAAUUCUGCCUCUCGCACACAUUCGGCAAGAAGAAACACUUUCAGUUCACGAGAUAAAAGAUUUGAUGCAGAGCAAGAGAGUGAAAGGGUCAACCUUGAGAGCUACCGGAGAACACCAGAAAGCAGUACACGAUCCAAUCAACAAGAAGCUCAGCCCACUGUGGAAAAGGGGCCAUCCCAACAGGCCAGAGGUGUUACUGCAGUACCUAGAUCCCCCCGGGCAGCACGCCGUGCCUCGUUGCCCUCAACACGCCAAGGAAUCUCCCCAGGAGAUCUGUUCAUUGAGCAACAGGCACAGAACAUUCUCAGCCGACAGGGUGAGUCUAAGAUAGACACAGCUGCCAUGGAGACUGAUCCAGUUGAGGUUGCUGACCAAGAAAAGGGGCAACGCAGACCUAGACGAUAUAUAACCCCUGGUGAUGAUCGCAAGGCCUCUGAAAGAUUCAGAACUCAGCCAGUUACAUCAGCCGAAAGGCUACAGUCUGAUAGGUCCCUGGACCUACAUAAGGCAGAAGUGGAUGAAGAGAAGUUGGAUGAGCGAGCAAAGAUGAGUGUAGCAGCCAAGAGGUCCCUCUUUAGGGAACUUGAGAAAACGUCAGAAAGUGGUGUCCCUAAACCUCGGUCCCAUAAUGCAGCAGUGGAGCGCAGACUUAGGCGAAACCAGGAGCGCUCCAGAACCCAGCCUGUGACCACAGAGGAAGUGGUCAUCGCUGCAACUUCUUCUGGUCCCCCAACCCAAAUCACCACUGUUCAAACCACAGCCCCCAGGUUUCCCAGUUCCACAGUAGUCAGCACCACAGUGACUAACUUCAGCAUGCAGCUGGCCUCAGCCCCCGACUCUGCUCCACAGGAGAAGGUGGCGCAACAUGGAGAAGUGGGCCCUGGAGAAGGGACGGGCUCUGAGGAGCCUGAUCUGUCGACGUUGAGUCUGGCAGAAAAAAUGGCUCUGUUUAACCGCCUGUCCCAUCCUCCUGCUCAAAAAGCAGAGGGCGGAUGUGCAGAGUCGCGUCCACGCCGGCAAAAUGCACGUUUCCAAACACAGCCCAUCACCCAAGAGGAAGUAAAUCAGGAUCUAAUGCAAGAUCACACAGAUCCUAUUUCCAUGGCUGAUGGGUUUGUAGUACCCCCCCAUGGCAAUCAACUGCAAAAGGGAGGUCUGAAGUUGGAGCCUCUCUCUGCAUCGCUGGUUCGUUCAGUUGCUGCGGUCACUGCCCAGGCUUCUGUUGCCAUGGUGACAAGCCUAUCCAUGGCAAUCUCUGCAGAUGUUCACACAGAGACAUGCCCAGCCCUCUCUCACACUCCCACUCCAGCAGCACCGCCCAAUCUUCUUUUGCCCAAUCAGUCGCCACACGAUAAGCUUCUAGCUUAUGAAAGAGGUGUUCGAUAUUUCAGCCUGACGGAUAGUGGAGAAACAUGCCCCCCCGAGACAUGCUCAUCGCCUCCUUCAGACGGGACGUUCCAACCAGCACAAGGCAAAGGCUUGGCUGCUGGAGUGUUAGCCAGUGAGCAGAAACGGGAGGAGGACCAUGGGCGUGGAUUUGGUUGGGCAGAAAGCGGAGAACCCAAGCCCCCUCAUGUGUUUAAUCAGCGCACACAUACACACACCAUUACACACACACCCUCGCAGACUCAUGGAGAAAGGGAGGCAGGGCUGACCAACCAGAAGGAGAAAGAGCAAGAGAGGGAGCAUGACAGAGUGAGGCAGCAAGAUUGGGAAAGAGGGAGAGACAAGAUCCUCUUGUCACAAGGUUACCUUCUGCCAGAUGCUAUUCCGACGGAGCACAACGGAGUUGUUGCUGCAGAUGCUCCCGGGACUGGUCCCUCAGUGUGUACCUUGAGCACUACAGUUGCCUCCUUCGAAAGCCCUUCACACACUUCGACUGCUCCUUCUCACUCCUUCGCAUACCUACAGCACAGUCCUCCCUGCACUCUGCCUAAACCCCAGCCGAAGACGAUUCAGUCGCACGUCCUAAUCGCAUCUCACAGUUCCUCUCAAACCUCACCUCAGACACACCCCAAACCCCAGCCCUUUCUACAGUCUCCUCCACCACCAGAAGCACAGAUCUACCCUGAGUCUCCUGGACCGAUACAAACCAAAGCAUCACCUCAGACAAUCAACCCCACUCAGUCUUAUUCCUACACCCCUCCACAGACCAAGGUCCCACCUCAGACGCAUCCCAAGCCUCAAUACAUCGUAUCAAAUCAAUCCCUGUCUUCUCCUGUGGCCCAGGAAGAACCAGAGACAAUGACAUCAAUGUCCAUUAAGGAGAGGUUAGCCUCAUUGAAAAAGAGUGGAGAGGAGGAUUGGAAGAACAGGAUGAACAAGAAGCAGGAAGUUGUUCAAGAAGUGGCAUCAGUGAGCAACCAAAUAUGGGAGGAGCGAGGGAUCAAAAAGAAGGAAGAAAGGGCUGUUAUUGAGGAGUUUGCCUCAUCUGAACAGAGACUUGGAGAAGGAGUCGAGAGACAAAUGUCCAUUGAAGAGCGGAAGCAGAUGAUCACUACAAGAGAGGAUGCAUGGCAAAGUACUGGAAAGGGUGUGGCAAACGACUCUGGCCAGUACACUGUGGCUGCUCGGAUGGUAAAGAAAGGUCUGGCUGCUUCUUCUGCAGUCAUCAGUCCAAUUCUAUCCCCAGUCUCUGCAAAGCUAAAGAAUGGUGUGCCAGCUAUCUCCAAACCACAGGACGAGAUUGAAGUCACGGCAGACAUGGAAUCUGACAAGAAACUUGAUAAGCUUGAGACGUUUUUGGGACGUUUGAACAAUAAAGUUACUAGUUUGCAGGAGACAACAUUAACAGUGACUGAGAAGGCAGUGAAAGAAGUCAUGAGACUGGAUGAUGAAAUCUUUUCGAAGUUCUAUCGCCGUGUGGUGGACAUCCCACGCAGCAUCCCGAGAGUACCGAUCGAUGAUGACUUUGAUGCCAUAUUUGGGAAACACACACCAAAGCUGGCAUCAGCAAUGAUACACCACAAGAGGGCAGUACGUCCUUUACGUAAAGUUCAGGCGUCGCGUAACCCGCUGAAGAUUCUGGCAGCGCGAGAGGACAUCAGACAUGAGUACACUGAACAGAGACUCAACAUCGGUAUUCUGGAAAGCAAGCGGAUCAAACAGGAGAAAGUAAGUAAGAGCUCCAGCAUUUCAGACGCUGCUCUGGCUGGUUUGGCUAGCAAGGAGAACUACAGCAGUGUGAGUUUACGCAGCGUCAGUGUGUCUGAGCAGGUGACCAACAACAGUGCUGCUCCCUACAAAAAGCUCAUGCUCAUGCAGGUCAAAGGUCGCAGACAUGUUCAGACGAGACUAGUGGAGCCCAGGGUCUCGUCUUUAAACAGCGGUGACUGUUUUCUUCUGGUUACACCUGAGCACUGCUUUGUUUGGAUAGGAGAGUUUGCAAAUGUCAUAGAGAGAGCGAAGGCAUCAGAGUUGGCCACUUUUAUCCAGUUAAACCAUGAUAUUGGCUGCCGAGCGACGCAAGUGGAGACCAUCGAGGAGGGGUUGAAUAUGGAAAGCCCUGCUGCAGCUGAGUUUUGGAAAAUUCUAGAGGGACCAGGCAGCUACCAGCCGGCUGGUACCCCAGAAGAGGAUGAGUUUUUUGAGAGCGCGAUUGUAGAGACUAAUUGCAUCUUUCGUCUGGUGGAUGAUAAGCUGCUACCUGAUGAUGAUUCCUGGGGCAGAGUUCCUCGUUGCUCGCUCUUGGGGUCCAAAGAGGUGCUGGUGUUUGAUUUUGGCAGUGAAGUGUAUGUAUGGCAUGGGAAAGAGGUCACUCUGGCACAGAGAAAGGUGGCCUUCCAGCUGGCCAAGCACCUGUGGAACGGCACCUUUGACUAUACCAACUGUGACAUCAAUCCACUUGACCCAGGAGGAUGCAAUUUACUCAUACCCAGAAAAGGUCAGGGCCGUCCAGACUGGGCGAUUUUUGGCAGAUUGACUGAACACAAUGAAACAUCUUUGUUCAAAGAGAAGUUUCUGGACUGGAGAGAGACUGUUGACUCCCUACCGAAGAGUAGCAGCGAACAUUCUUUUGAGCAGAAGCUGUCCCAGGGCACACCCUCUCGUUUGGAGUGUGUUGCAUAUGAUGUGGGACUUAUGCUCCCAGUGCUCCAGUCUCCCAUCAGCAUGAUUCUGGAGGGGCAGGAUGUUGGUCGUGGUCAUGGCCCUGUGCACAGCACAUGUUCUGAGGAUCGUCUGCGCUCUUUGGAGAUUAGCACACUCAGCGUGGAUGUCUGGCACAUCCUGGAAUUCGAUUACAGCCGCCUGCCCAAGCAGAGCAUUGGCCAGUUCCAUGAGGGAGAUGCCUAUGUAGUGAAAUGGAAAUACAUGGUGAGCGCAGCAGUGGGCAACAGGCAGAGGCCAGAGCAUGUUCGCAGUGCUGGUCCAGGGCGAGAGAAGUGCUGCUAUUUUUUCUGGCAAGGGAGGAACUCUACAGUCAGUGAAAAAGGAACCUCUGCAUUGAUGACAAUUGAGCUGAAUGAGGAGAGAGGCGCUCAGGUGCAGGUUCAGCAGGGCAAAGAGCCACCGUGCUUUCUGCAGUGCUUCAGUGGUGGCAUGAUUGUGCAUUGUGGCAAAAGGGAAGAAGAGGAAGAGAACAUUCAGAGUGAGUGGCGUUUGUACUGUGUUCGUGGCGAGGUGCCAGUAGAGGGCCAUCUGCUGGAGGUAGCGUGUCACUGUAGUAGCCUGCGCUCUCGGACAUCCAUGAUUCUGCUCAACAUUAACAAAGCCCUCAUCUACCUGUGGCAUGGCUGUAAGACACAAACACACACUCGUGAGGUGGCAAGCACCGCUGCUGAAAAGAUCAAGGAGCAGCGACCACUGGAGGCAGGCUUGCACAGCAGUUGCAACGUGACCAUCCAUGAGUGUGAUGAAGGGACAGAGCCCAUGGAAUUCUGGGAGGCGUUGGGCAGAAAGGAUCGUAAGGCUUAUGACUGCAUGCUUCAAGAUCCAGGGAAGUUUAACUUCACACCACGUCUCUUCCAGUUAAGUAGUUCAUCAGGUGAGUUUGUGGCUCAGGAGUUCUUCCAUCCAUCCAGAAGUCCAGACCUGGUCAGCGCCUUCCCCUUCCUCCAGGAAGACCUCUACUCUGUACCACAGCCUGCUUUGUUCCUGGUGGAUAACUAUCAUGAGGUGUACCUGUGGCAGGGCUGGUGGCCGCAGGACACAGAAACACCUGGCUCAGCCCGGAUCCGCUGGGAUGCUGACAGGAAAUGUGCUAUGGAGACGGUGCUCCGUUACUGCAGAGAAAAGAAUGACCAGAAUCCUCAAAAGUCCUAUUUGAUCCAUGCUGGACUGGAGCCUCUUACAUUUACCAACAUGUUUCCCAGCUGGGAGCACCGAGAGGAUAUCGCAGAGGUCAUGGAACUGGAGGCAGAGAUGUGUAACCAGAUCACACUGGUGGAGGAUGUUCUGGCUCAUCUUUGCCAAAGCACUUAUCCUCUUUCAGCACUGCAGAGUCGGCCUCUUCCCCACGGUGUGGAUCCCCUGAGUCUUGAACUCUAUCUAUCAGAAGAGGAUUUUGAGAAAGCCCUGGAGAUGAAGAGAGAAGAGUAUGAAGUCCUGCCAGGGUGGAAACAAGUCAACCUAAAAAAAGCCAAAGGACUGUUUUAGUUGCGUCUCAAUAGUGGUGACGACCACGCUGUGAUCACUGCUGUCACAGCUAUGGUCUCUGUGUGCACUUGGGGAGGGCACACUCAGUUUGUCACACCAGGGUGUUGUGGGCCAUGCCAAAUGUCACAUUAGGUUUAACAGUGUUUACCUGCUGUGGUGUCUGUCUCUGAUGUUGAUGUGUUUCAUGCCUAUGCACAUUCAACAAUCACCACUGUGUGUGAUAUCACAUUUAUCUGAACUGUGCUGUGCAGUAAAUUUCUGUACCAUCUUUGACAGACAGACGUUCUAUUCUCGUAUUAUUAUUAUUAUUAUUAUUAAUAAAGCAAAGAUUAAGUCAGCUUUCUCUGUUGUCCCGACUUUUCCUGGGAUAGUGCUGUGUGCUUGAGGAAAAUGUAGCCUGAUUUGUAGCAAGGGGAGAACACUCCCUUCGAUUUUUCAAGUUGCUCUUGUAUUUUCCAUUUCCAGUGUUGACAGGUAUGUAAGUUCUUUUUACUGUGGGAAUGAACUUUUCCUGUUGUCAGGUGAUCGCUCACAUUAAAGGUCCCAGAGACAUUGCUUGUGCUUGUUAUAACACUAUGAGAUUUGUGAGGAGAAUUAAAAAGAUGAAUUUAUGAUUGUAACACUGUAAAUGUACAGCACAGUGCCUUGCUUUUGUGUACAGUUUAUAUACAGAAUGGACUUUAAUCUGUAUUUCAAAGACUUACUUUGUGAUAAAGGCAAUGGUAAUAAAGCAUAUUUACACUCAUCA